AUGAGACGAUCACAAGAUGCGUAUGAAGAGAAGAAAGCUGAGUCACAAGUGAAAGAAGUUGAGUUGCCAUGUGAAGCUGGUGUUGGAUUUAAGAAAAGAAAAGAUAUUAUAGUGAUGCAUGGUUACUUAAGGAUUCUACAAGAUGUGUUCCACAUAGGAAUGGAGAAAAUUUCACAAGAAAUGAUGAAAUGUUCUCGAAGUUUGUUUCCUAAUGAUGAUGAGUAUAGCAAAGUCCUUGAUGAUUAUGCAAUCUUUUCAAUGAAGAGUGAUCCUUUUGAGGAUUUAACAAACAUUUCAAAGAUGGCUACUAUGAAACCUAAGAAUUUGUGGGUUAACUUUGGUGCUCACACUCAUUUUCUCCAGACGUUGGCUUUUAGAUUACUUGGACAACCUAUAUUCUUUUUAUUGUGUUGA